AUGGACAUUGCACCGGAAACUAAUACCGGCGAUGUUACCAUUAUUCAAGGAGUGGGGGCAGAUCCCACUCCUUCAGCCUUCAGCCUUCAGCCUUCAGCCUUCAGCCUUCAGCACUCAGCCUUCAGCCUUCAGCCUUCAGCCUUCAGCCUUCAGCCUUCAGCCUUCAGCCUUCAGCCUUCAGCCUUCAGCCUUCAGCCUUCAACCUUCAGCCUUCAGCCUUCAACCUUCAACCUUCAACCUUCAACCUUCAACCUUCAACCUUCAACCUUCAACCUUCAACCUUCAACCUUCAACCUUCAACCUUCAACCUUCAACCUUCAACCUUCAACCUUAAACCUUAAACCUUAA